AUGACUAAGCCCAGCCAGGACCAACCAACCCUGCAAACCUCCAUCAUCGCCGGCAUCGUGCUCAUUAUUCUACGCCUCCAGGACCCUCGACGAUGUCGAACCAAAAUGAACCGUUUUAUCUCCGUUACUAGUCACUCUGGGCGGUUCGGACAUGAGUUUUUAGAGUUUGAUUUCCGGACCCUUGGCGAUGGCCGUAGUGCCGCGGUCCGAUAUGCGAACAACUCCAAUUAUCGCAAUGACUCCUUGAUCCGCAAAGAGAUGUGCGUGAGCGCUGCAAUGAUCCAAGAAGUUAAGCGCAUUAUCAAAGAGAGUGAGAUCAUAAAGGAGGACGACUCCAAAUGGCCGCAGAAAAACAAGGACGGACGACAGGAGCUUGAAAUUAGAAUCGGCAAUGAGCAUAUCUCCUUCGAGACGGCGAAAAUCGGCUCGUUGGUCGAUGUGACCGAAUCCGCAGAUCCAGAAGGACUUCGGGUGUUCUACUAUCUUGUACAAGAUUUGAAGGCGCUUAUUUUCUCUCUUAUCUCUCUUCAUUUUAAGGUCUCACGACCGGCCACCUGA